CUAGAUUCGGCUGCUAGGGCCUGGUUCAGCUCUUGGCUCUGUUGCUCGGCUGUUAGGGCCUGGCUCGGUUACUUGGCGCUCAUCUACCCGCCCUGGCCGAGGUCCUCGGAGCGGCGGCGGCAGUAGGAGCAGGAGGAGAUCGAGCAGCUCGGGCUACUUUCCCGAGGCCAGGCCCCGCCGCGCCCGGGACCCCCAGCUCCGCCGCGACCUCGCCCCACCCCCUCGGGCUACGCGGCGAGCCAGGCCCAGACCCUUCCUGCAGCAGAGUUCCAUGAGUCAACCUCUUCAGAUGUGGAUGGCCUGUCUGUAGCUUCUUGGCUGUUUGUGAUCUGGAACCCGCUGGUGUCUCGUCCCAGUCCCUAUUGUAACAGUGGCUACUGAGAGCCAUGAAGGUUGUACCAGAGAAGAAUGCUGUGCGGAUCCUGUGGGGCAGAGAACGUGGCACCCAAGCCUUGGGCGCUCAGCGGCUUCUGCAGGAGCUGGUGGAGGAUAAAACCCGAUGGAUGAAAUGGGAGGGCAAGAAAGUUGAGCUACCAGACAGCCCACGUUCCACGUUCUUGCUGGCGUUCAGCCCAGAUAGGACCCUCAUGGCUUCCACCCACGUGAAUCACAAUAUCUACAUCACAGAGGUGAAAACGGGCAAGUGUGUCCAUUCUUUGGUUGGACAUCGGCGCACACCGUGGUGUGUGACCUUUCACCCUACUAUCCCGGGACUCAUUGCUUCAGGGUGCCUAGAUGGGGAGGUUAGAAUCUGGGAUUUACAUGGUGGAAGCGAGAGCUGGUUCACAGACAGCAACAAUGCCAUUGCAUCUCUGGCUUUCCAUCCUACGGCUCAGCUCCUGCUGAUUGCAACAGCCAAUGAGAUCCAUUUCUGGGACUGGAGUCGUCGAGAACCCUUUGCAGUGGUGAAGACAGCCAGUGAGAUGGAGCGAGUCCGGCUGGUACGGUUCGAUCCCUUGGGACACUACUUGCUCACAGCGAUUGUCAACCCUUCUAACCAACAGAGUGACGAGGAGGUGGAGAUCCCAGUGGAUAGCACAGAUAUACCACAUUAUCGCCAGCGCUCUAUUCUCCAGUCUCAGCCUGUGAGGCGUACACCCCUCCUCCACAACUUCCUGCACAUGCUGUCCUCACGCUCCUCUGGCAUCCAGGUGGGAGAGCAAAACACUGUGCAAGAUUCUGCCACCCCAUCCCCACCACCUCCACCACCCCCACCACCUCCACCACUGCCUCCGGCCAGCGAGAACACCAGAGCAGCGGCCUACACCAGGCUCCGUGAGCGUGUCAGUUACCCCACAACAGAGUGCUGUCAGCACCUGGGGAUGUUGUGCCUUUGCAGUCGAUGCUCUAGUGCAAGACUUCCUUCUUCUCUCUUCCCGCAUCAGGAAAAUGCCCCCUCCACUUCCUCUGGGGCCACUGGCACUUCCUUUUCCUCUGUGCAGACAGAGCCAUACCAACCCCCAGACCAGGCAUCCACAGCGCAGCAGGAACAGGGUCUGCUUAACAGGCCUUCUGCUUUCAGCACUGUUCAGAGCAGCACUGCUGGCAACACCCUACGCAACCUUAGCCUGGGCCCAACUCGCAGAUCCCUCAGUGGGCCCUUGUCAGGCCAUCCCUCCAGGUACCAGUCUGCAAGAGAGAUGGCAUCUGGUUUAGGAGGGUCCGACUGGACUAGAACAGUGCUGAACAUGGGCUCUCGCUCGGAGUUGGAAGCCAUGCCUCCACCUAGAACCAGUGCCUCUUCAGUGAGUUUGCUGUCAGUGCUCAGACAGCAGGAGGGAGGUUCCCAGUCCUCUGUGUACACAUCUGCUACAGAAGGGAGGGGCUUCCUGGCACCAGGGGCUGAAGCAGACAGCAGCGGUAGUGCUGGCCCAAGCAAUCCAGCCAGCAUCCGCAACGAGCUCCAAUGCGACUUGAGACGGUUCUUCUUGGAAUAUGACCGACUUCAAGAGCUAGAUCAAGGGAUUGGUGGGGAGCCCAGCCAGUCGCAACAGGCUCAAGAAAUGCUUAACAACAACAUUGAGCCUGAUAGGCCAGGUCCCUCCCACCAGCAGACUCCACAUAGCAGUGAAAACAAUUCCAAUUUGUCUCGGGGCCACCUGAACCGCUGUCGCGCCUGUCACAAUCUGCUGACCUUUAACAAUGACACACUACGCUGGGAAAGAAGCACACCCAGUUAUCCAUCGGGGCAGGUCCAAAGCACAUUUGAUGGCGUGCCACCAAGCAGCAGCCAGGCGCAGCCUGCAGAGAGAACCGAGGGCAGAGCUCCUACCUCUAGCAGGCUGCAGCUGGGAAGCUCUUCCAACUCGCAGGAGGAAAGGACCGUGGGAGUGGUCUUUAACCAGGAGACAGGGCACUGGGAGAGAGUUUACAGCCAGUCAGCUUCGAGCAGACCUGGGAAUGUAUCACAGGAGGCCUUAAGCCAGGAAAUGCCUGAGGAAAGUACAGAGGAGGAUUCGCUCAGGAGGAGGCUGCUGGAAUCUUCCCUCAUUUCACUGUCACGCUAUGAUGGAGCAGGGUCCCGGGAGCACCCAAUCUACCCAGAUCCAGCCAGGUUGUCUCCUGCAGCAUAUUAUGCCCAGAGAAUGAUCCAGUAUCUUUCCCGGAGGGACAGUAUUCGCCAGCGCUCCAUGCGUUACCAACAGAAUCGUCUCCGCUCUUCCUCAUCGUCUGCUUCCACCUCAGAGAACCAAGGCCCAUCUGUAGAGGGAAAUGAUCUGGAGUUUGAAGAUUUUGAAAGGGACAAUGGAGACAGAUCAAGGCACCGAGCUCCCCGGAACGCCCGUAUGUCUGCACCGUCACUUGGGCGCUUCGUCCCCAGGCGUUUCUUGCUGCCAGAGUACUUACCUUAUGCUGGGAUUUUCCAUGAACGCGGACAGCCAGGGUUGGCCACCCACUCCUCUGUUAACCGGGUCUUGGCAGGGGCUGUGAUUGGAGAUGGACAGUCAGCUGUGGCCAGCAACAUUGCCAAUACCACCUACCGGCUCCAGUGGUGGGACUUCACCAAGUUUGACCUGCCUGAAAUCAGCAAUGCUUCUGUGAAUGUGCUUGUUCAGAACUGCAAGAUUUACAAUGAUGCUAGCUGCGAUAUCUCUGCAGAUGGGCAGCUCCUGGCAGCCUUCAUUCCCAGCAGUCAGCGGGGCUUUCCUGAUGAAGGCAUACUGGCUGUGUAUUCUCUGGCACCUCACAACCUGGGCGAGAUGCUAUACACAAAAAGAUUUGGCCCCAAUGCCAUUUCCGUGAGCCUGUCUCCAAUGGGCAGGUACGUGAUGGUGGGACUGGCUUCCCGACGCAUCCUACUGCACCCUUCCACAGAACACAUGGUGGCUCAGGUCUUCAGGCUGCAGCAGCCACAUGGUGGAGAAACAUCCAUGAGGAGAGUUUUCAACGUCCUGUACCCGAUGCCUGCUGACCAGAGGAGACACGUCAGCAUAAACUCUGCUCGCUGGCUACCUGAGCCAGGCCUGGGAUUGGCAUAUGGCACUAACAAGGGGGACCUGGUGAUUUGCCGACCAGAGGCCUUAAACUCUGGAGUUGAGUACUACUGGGACCAGCUGAAUGAGACUGUUUUCACUGUGCAUUCCAGCAACAGGAGCACCGAGCGGCCUGGAACAAGCAGAGCCACAUGGAGGACGGACAGAGACAUGGGCCUAAUGAAUGCCAUAGGCCUGCAGCCCAGGAACCCCACCACCUCGGUGACAUCACAGGGUACUCAGACCCUGGCUCCUCUGCUGCAGAAUGCAGAGACUCAGACAGAGAGGGAGGUACAGGAGCCAGGUGCUGCCACCUCAGGAACUGGAGAAGGUGAAGGUCCAGAAUAUGGGGCCAGUGGAGACGAUGCCCUCAGCAGGAUCCAGAGGCUGAUGGCUGAGGGUGGUAUGACUGCUGUGGUCCAGCGGGAGCAGAGCACCACUAUGGCAUCCAUGGGCGGCUUUGGCAACAACAUCAUUGUGAGUCACCGGAUUCACCGCAGCUCUCAGACUGGUGUGGAAUCCAUGGGAGCUGAUGGUGCCUUGAUGCAGCAGUCCACCUCGCACGAGCUGGCAGCUGAGCUGGAGGGACGGAUCCUUUCAGAGUCUAUGCAGCUGGCAGAGCAAGGCCAGAGCCCGCAGACAGCUCCUGGCAGGAGUGAAGGACAAGGAGCCGAUGGAUUGGAUCUGCCAGAGCAGUCCCAAUCCUCUAUGGACACUGAGGGACCAAUUGAAUACAGUGACCUAACCAAUAAUAACCAUCUUCCUGACAAUACCAACUACUAUAGUAACGACAGCACCAGUGGGGAGUCGCGGAACAGGUAGAGAUGAAUUGUCUUGGUGCUACCCUUGUACUGCUAAGCAGAGACCUGUACCUCACAGUUGAUCAGGAGCUGGAAGAGUGGGGGUAUUGUGGGUCUGACAGGAUAAUGGUAAUUGAGGAGGGGGCCGAAGUGGAAGAGAAGCCACCAAAUCUAUAGGGACCCCAGGCAGAAGAAGUUUUAUUUGGUCUUAGCUUCCAGCACCCAUGCUCCUGCACAAUUUCUAUGAGAACAUUAAUGAUCCCUUACAAUGCUCUUCUGAGCCUUGUGUAAAUAUCCCAGAUUACUGGGAAUCCCUGGGUCUUAGCCCUAACCCUGGAGUGCUCUAACUGUUACCAUUCCUAACAUGAGUGUUUUCCCACUGCUUGCCACCAGCCCCAAGGUUUGAGCAGAAGAACGAAUAUCAGGGAAGGGGGCCUGCGGUGUCCUCCAGAGACAGGCAACCCUAUUGGGCAUAUCCUGGAUUUGAUGCCCCAGCUCUGCCAGUGGAGUGGAGGAGUCUUCCAGGCCAGAGUCCCACUCCAUGGGAUGGCCCUAGUGCCCCUUGGGAAAGGUGCAGCAUUUUGGAGACUAGAGAGAACAUUAUUCCUGUCCAGUCUGCGAUCUUCCCAGGGCAGAGCUGGAGUAGAAAGAGCCAGGCUUAAGCUUCACCAUCCUUUAUAUACCCAGGAGCCUCUCAGAAGUGAGGACCUUUUCUUUGAAUGUCAGCUUAGCACCGAGCUGCUAUCGAUGGGGAGAGAGAAUGGGGGCAAAUGCGGGGGGUGGGAGUGAGGUGGGUGUGGCUCCCCCAGUAAGGAUGCAGUUAGCACAAGGAUACUCCAAUAUUUUCACACCCCCAGCUGUGCCAAUAUUCACGUGAAUGAGCCAUCUUGGCAAAGCCUGCCAGUAUCAUGGCACCAUUGGCUGGCUGCAUUUCUCUUGGGGCGGGGAGGGGGUGACUUUCCAGCUCCAGGUCAGGGCAUGAGGUAUGGGUCUGUGACGUAAGGUGUUGCAUGUGAAAUCUUGACCUUGUACAUGUAGUUUCUAGUGGAGAAAUCAAGGCUCUGAUAAUAUUUUGUUUUUAGUCUAAAAUGUGAUUUUCCUUUUCGUUUGUAACUCUCCAUCCCAGCAAGCUUGUGGCGGGAGGGUAGGGGGAGAGUCUGAGUGCUAACGAGGGAAACACCAAAGAUCAACGUCAUUAAAAUAUGACAAACCCUU